AUGGGUGAUAAGAAUGGACAAGUAGUAGCUGGUGGUAAUGGCCAAGGAAAUCGAUGGGACCAAUUGGAUCGACCAACCGAUGUAUUGAUUGACAAAGAGACGGAUAGUCUCAUUAUUUGUGAUUGGGGGAAUCGACGAGUCGUACGAUGGUCUCGUCGUAGUGGUACAACUCAAGGAGAAAUCCUCAUCGACAACAUCUGGUGUGAUAAAUUGGCCAUGGAUGAUCAGAGAUAUCUCUACAUCUCUGACUACAAGAAACAUGAAGUAAGACGAUAUCAAAUAGGAGACAAGAAUGGAACUCUUGUGGCUGGUGGUAAUGGCUAUGGUGCUGAUCUCAAUCAACUCAACACUCCGACCCACAUCUUUGUCGAUCAACAACAGACUGCUUACGUGUCAGACAACAACAAUCAUCGUGUAACGAAAUGGAAUAAAGGUGCACAAGAAGGAACUGUCGUUGCUGGAGGUCAAGGACAAGGGAAUGCUCUGACACAAUUGUGGUUUCCUAGUGGACUGUUCGUCGAUACAUUGGGUACCAUCUAUGUGGCAGACUCGUGGAAUAAUCGAGUGAUGCGUUGGCCUAAAGGAGCGAAACAGGGCACUGUCAUUGUGGGUGGAAAUGGUGAAGGAGGAGGAGCAAAUCAGUUUCACUAUCUUGAAGGUUUGUCCUUCGAUCGACAUAGCAAUCUCUAUGUCGUCGAUCGUGAUAAUAAUCGUGUUCAACGUUUUUCAAUUGAAUAG